UGAGUGUUGUUACCUGUCAUUCAGUGGUGGGCAGCCGGGGGUGGCAGGUGUGCGGCUUGUUUUCUUGUUCUGUGAUAACUGUAUUACCCAAGUAAACCAUCAUGGAUACUGGGGUACGAAAUAGGAAGAACAAAUCUUCACCCAAAGCAGAUAAAAAUGGGAAAAACAAGAUACAAGAAAUAACAGCAUCUGUGAUUAACAAUCAAGAUAGUCUUAAGGAAAGCAUUGAAAAGCUGAAGCACCUGACUGAACCCAUUAACAGGGAUUCGGUGUGUGGUUGGGAGAGCCGCGCAUCGUCAAGGGACGGCAAGGGUGAUGGAGAGUCUGCCCCUGACACGCCACCGCCAGAGACGGCUCCAGAUGAUGAUGGCGGCACGCCUGCCGUCACCACUGAAUCGGAGACCAUUACUAAACCUUCCCCGACUCAAAAGUCUUCCAGCCGUAAUAAAUCAAAGAAAAUUGCCUCGGCUGCUGCUCCUCCUCCCCUGGAACUUAGUUUCAACUUGGACGGCAUGUCUGUCACCCUCUUUAUAUUGUCCUUUGUUACACGCAUUUGGAAAUUGGAGACUCCCAGAGGAAUUGUGUUUGAUGAACUGCACUAUGGGAAGUACGCAGGAUUGUACAUGCAGAACACCUUCUUCUUUGAUUCUCAGCCGCCCCUUGGCAAACAGUUGAUAGCUCUUGCCGCCUACCUGGCAGGUUUUGAUGGUGCAUUCAAAUUUGAUCGCAUUGGUACCCCUUAUGAUCCCAUUGUGCCUGUGUCAGCCAUGCGUGUGGUUCCAGCAUUUUUUGGAUCCUUAUUAAUGCCCACUGUCUAUAAUGUAUUGGUGGAGUUGGGACUCUCGCACUAUGCAGGAGCCCUUGCUGCAUUUCUCAUGAUAUUUGAUAAUGCCCUAUUAGCCCAGUCCCGCUUCAUUCUCAUGGAGGGAAUUCUUAUGUUCUUCGGUAUAUUUGGUCUUCUCUGCAUUUUGAAAUUUCGUCGUUUUUACCAUCAGCCAUACAGUAUUCCCUGGUUUACCUGUCUAACUGUUGGGGCUGCGUCCUUGGGUGCUUGUGUAUGUGUUCGAUACUUUGGUAUAUUCACGUUCCUUCUGGGAUUUGGCAUCUUGGCUCGUGACUUUUGGAUGAUGGUUGGCGAUCGCUUGAUAUCUGAACGCCAGUUAUUGGGACACUUCCUCACACGAGCAGUUAUUUUUAUAACCAUUCCAGUUUCACUUUAUAUUGGCAGUUUUUAUUUACAUCUCUCACUGCUGUAUAAGGCUGGACCCAAUGAUAAUAUAAUGACUUCAGCAUUCCAAGCCAGUCUUGAGGGUGGCUUAGCAGCAAUCGUUGCCAAUCAGCCAGUAAAGGUACUUCAUGGAUCUCAAAUAACGCUUCGCCACACUCAUGGUCGUACGUGUUGGCUUCACUCUCACGAUACAGUUUAUCCCGUCAAGUACCCAGACGGGCGUGGGUCUUCGCACCAGCAGCAGGUCACGUGUUACAGCUACAAGGAUGUUAACAACUGGUGGAUUGUAAAGAAACCAGAGAUAGAGGAGUUGGUUGUGACAGAGCCUCAAGAGCCUAUUAAAAAUGGUGACAUCAUCCAAAUAGUUCACGGCUUAACUUCUCGAGCCCUCAACUCCCAUGAUGUUGCAGCCGCCAUGUCGCCACACAACCAAGAGGUUGCUGCAUACAUAGACUACAAUGUGUCUAUGCCAGCUCAGUCAUUGUGGCGCGUAGAGAUUCUUAACGGUGAAGUGAGUGAUGGAUACUGGCAUGCUGUGGAGAGUCAGAUUCGUUUAAUUCACUUGAAUUCGAGUCAAGCACUCAAGUUUUCUGGACGUCAGCUCCCAGACUGGGGUUUCAGACAACAUGAAGUUGUCACUGAUAAAGUGCUUGAUCAGGAGGAUACGAUCUGGAAUGUUGAAGAACAUCGCUAUACACGAACCGAGGACAAGAAAGAACGAGAGAAAGACUUGCUUCGAUCAGAAAUGAUUCCCAUGGAACGCAAGAAUUUAACUUUCUGGAAUAAACUGUUUGAACUCCAGUACAAGAUGUUGUUUAACAACCAAGAAAAUGUUGCUGGUCAUAUGUAUGCUUCAGAACCCUUAGACUGGCUCUCUCUUAAGCGAGGUGUUGCUUACUGGAUCUCUGCAAACAGCAAUGCUCAGGUUCACUUCAUAGGAAACAUUGUUACUUGGUUGUCUGGCACAUUGAGUUUGGUAGUGUAUGCCAGUCUCUUCCUGGUGUACUUACUAAGGCGACAGAGGGCUUGUUAUGAUCUUCCUGAGGAUGCCUGGAACAAAUUUUGCAGCAUAGGGGAGGUUCUUGGAAUUGGAUAUGCAGUGCACUACUUCCCUUACUUCCUUGUUGACCGGACAUUGUUCCUUCACCACUAUAUGCCAGCCUACAUAUUCAAAUUAUGUAUGUUGGCAGCCAUGAUAGAACAUGGGCAUUACCUCGUCUGUCAAUAUUUCAAGUCCCCUCGUGUAGCCAAAGUAUAUGUGGGAGCCGUGGGAGUUUGGAUGGUGGCAAUCCUCUAUGUAUUUUGGUUCUUUGCACCCGUUACAUAUGGUGCAACCGACCUCACAGCUGAUCAAGUAAUGAAAAUGGCUUGGAGGGAAACCUGGGAUCUCAUUAUUCAUAAGCAGUAACCAGUAGAGUAUCCUAAGAUUUUUUUUUUUAAGAAAUAAAACAUGAAUAUUUUUGUAAUGUUAUAACAGGGUUCAUGGAGAGCCAGUCGAAUAAUUUUUUAUUUUUAUUUUUUAUGAGGAUUGAGGGACAUGUCACAGUUCAGUGUUGUAACAGUCGGCCAGGUACUGUUGCAUACAGGUUGAAAUUAUUUAUGUGCAUACUUUACAAAUACAGUAAUAUGAUUGUUAUUGAAAGCAAAUCUUACAAAAAUUUAUUUAAUUUAUUUAAGUUAUUUGCAUUGAACUUAAUACAAAGUAACAGCCUAUAAUUACAUUUUCUCUUUUUUGAGUAGUAAGGUUUGAACUUAAAAUUUGUUUAAUCUUUUUCACAUUUACUGUACAGUGAUUGAACUGAUUUUCCUGGUCUAAAAAUUCAAAAUCUUUCCUACCAAGUGUUCAUUUAUAAUCAAUGAAUGUGUUUAGUCAUAAAUAAAAAUAUACCACCUUGUGUUACCUUCAGCAACUUUGUCCAGUCCCAUUUAUUAUCUUGUGUGAAUCAGUUUUAUAUUCUGUAAUAUACACUAAAUACUAGCUACUUGUAAAGUAUUUGUGUACAGUAUUUGCAUGUGAUGUAAAAAUUCCUACAGGUGAUCUGAGUUUGUGGUAGCCAUUUUAUAAACAGUACUUCCAAGUAGUUCUUCCUGUAUAGUACAUACCAAUAUACUUGUACGUCUAUGUAUAAAGAUAUUAAUUUUAGUUAAGUGAAUUCUUGUUAGUUAUAAAACUGAAAGAUGUGAAUGUAAUAUUUGACAAUGGAUAAAUAAUAAAUCAUCGGUGUAAUUAAGUUAUUUAUGAUGGCAUGAUACUCGAAGUUGGUACAGAUACUAAAUAGUUUUAUUACCAUAUAAUCUUGGUGAUGGUGAUAUAAAUGUUACUCAAAAUACUUAUUGCUAUUUUUGUAUAUUUGUUACUUUGAUAUAUAAAAGAAAAUACAGUGA